GUGAAGACAACUUGUGAAUGAUUUCAAACAAAAAUAAUAAAUUGUGACACAUAUUUUGAUAAUAUUUAUAUUAAAAAUGUCCAAACAAAUGUAAUAAACAUGUUGACCAAUUUUCUAUUAAUUUAAAUCGAACAUUUUAAACAAAGGUGAUAGGAGAGAUAAGGAAUUAAUAAACAACAUUUUGGAAUUUAUCAAAUUCCUAAAACAAAUAUUGCAACAAAUAUGACAGCACCAUUAGAUAUUGGCAUGAUGGAUUUCUUACUCCAACGCGACGAUUUAAAGGAUCACGGUGUUCUUAAUAAUAUUAAGAAUGAAAUUGAUUUGGAUAUACCUGGAUUCGCUUACACGAAUUCCGAGGAUAAUUUUAAUAUUAAUGACGUUUGGCCAUCCAAUCCUGAUGAAAUAUUGGAUUCUAUUUUAAAUGACGGUGGACAAUUGGAAGGUGUUUUGGAUCCAUCUCCAAAUUCAUGUUCUGAUAGUGGUUUAAGCAGUGGCGAAAAUCAUGAUUUUGAAUUUGAGGAACAAUUUCAUGUUGGCGACGAUGACGAAAUCUUAAGCUCAACAAUGAGUUCGCCCGGUCCAUCAAUUUCUGAAGCUGGUAUUCAAUCAUCUCCCAUUUAUUCUACUACAUACUAUGAAGGUGAAUCAUCACCGGCGGACUUGAAGGCAGAUGACACUGAAAUGGUUUAUACAACAAAUGAAACACAAAAUACGACACCAAUUAUAAUUCAACCAACGAAUUUAUCAUUUAAAAAUACAUCUCAACAGCAGCGUACAUCUUUCAUAAAUAAUAAAUCGUUACAAACCGUAACGAUUUUAAAUCAAAAAAAUUUACCAACAAAACUAUCUGGGAAAGUGAUACGAGUUCAAGCUAUGCCACAAUCUACAACAGCUAAUGGAAAUGGAAGUUCACAUCAUCAUCCACGUUCAAUAUUGUUACCAGUAUCGGUUAAAGAUCUACGGACAAUCAAAAUAAUCAAUACAUCAUCAUCAAACAAUAAACGAAAUAUUAAAUUGACAUCGGCAAAUUUGUUACAACAUUCGAAGAAGAUUUCAAUUAAAAAUAAUAAUAUUAUUUUUACACAAGCAGUAGAGGAACCAACAUCGAACGAUGAAACUAUCGAUAUGACAACAUCGACAAGUGAUGAAGAUAUGUUUGAUGGAAGUAAUUCAGAUACAUCGAAUGUGAAUAUUGGUAACAAUAAUAUGAUGGACGUAUCACAACAAGGCUCUUAUCCACGUUUACAAUUAACUACGGAGGAACAACGUUUAUUGGCUAAAGAGGGUAUUAGUUUACCAACAAGUUAUCCAUUAACAAAACAUGAAGAACGUGAAUUGAAACGUAUACGACGAAAAAUCCGUAAUAAAAUCAGUGCUCAAGAUUCUAGGAAACGUAAGAAGGAAUAUGUUGAUGGUCUUGAAGACAGAGUAAAACAAUGCACCGAAGAGAAUCAAACAUUAUUAAAACGUAUAAAAGUAUUACAAACACAAAAUCAAACAUUGGUAUCACAAUUACGACGAUUACAAGCCUUAGUAUCGAGAAAGAUUGGUGGUAAUCAUCUAAAUAAUUCAUCGUCAACGCAAGGAGCCUCAACAGCAUUUAAUGGAUCCUCUGCAGGUGCACUUGGUGGUGCUGGUGGACUAAAUAAUAACAAAGCACAGCCAGCCACAUGUUUAAUGGUGUUACUUUUAUCGUUAGCAUUGAUUGCAGUACCAUCAUUAAAACGUGGUGAUGAUUCAUCGACAGCGUUAUCAGACGUUGAUCACUUUGAGAAUAAAGUUGAAGAGUAUAUUGGUAAACGUGCGUUACUCUUUAAACCAGCAGAUGAAGGUAUCGAUGAUGAUCUAAACAUGGAGGAUUUAAUCACAUUCCAUUCAGAAAACUAUUCAUCAUCACCAUCACCAAGUAAAAAGAUGCGUUUAGAACCGCAUCUACCGCCGUUGGAGGAACUAUCAUUGGACGGUUAUCCACCGACAAGUCCAAUAUCAUCUACACAACUUGAUCAUGACACCGCUAAUCAUAUACAACAACAUGAAAAGUAUAAAGAUGCAUUAUGGCCAUUGUCAUCGGCAUCAUCACUAGUAACUGGUUCCAGUGAUGACGACGUUGACAAUGGCAGCACUUUACGUCACAAUGCAUCAAGUAAAAAUAAUGUUGUCAUUUUACAUAAACAUCGACUUCAAAUACCAGAGGAUCAGUAAAUUUUAGCUAGGUGGUGAUUUUUUUUGUUUGUUUCUUUGUACCUUUUUUUUCAUGAGCGUAACUAAAAUACCUUUUUUCCUUCUUUUACUCUGCAAGAAAAUUACCCAUCGAAUCUUUUGUGUGAAAUAUGACACUUAAUAGAUAACUUAUAAUUAUGGUCAUUAUAUCCGAUAGCCGUUACAAGCGAUAUCAAAGUUAUUUUUAUUGGUUUUUUUAACAUGUUAAAAUUGGUUUUGUUAGGCAUUCCGAAAAUCUUAUAUCACUUCCAAGGGCCUCUAUUAGCAAAAUUAUUGCGACUACUACAGGACACUGGCAGGCACGUUGAACGACUGAGUCCUGGAUCUGACAGUGUAUCAUGACUACUACAUUUCACAGUGAGGAGGAGGGAGAAAUUAUGUCUCAUCUUCUCUGUCACUGCCCAGCUCUUGCCACGGGGAGGUGGACUCACUUGAGCCAGCCUUUCUUUGACGAUCUCUCCAACCUGAAGUCCGUUGAAGUCAAAGCACUUUUGCUGAGCCAAUCCUUUUUCGGUAUCACAACGGACCCUAUGUUCUAAGUGUGUACCACCCUAGGACAGCCACUCAUAAUUAAAAUUAUCUUUUUAUGUAUUUUAAAAAAAAGUUACAAUUAUGACGUAAUAAAGCCUAACAACACUGAAAUGUUUAUGUUGAUAUUUAACGAUCAGUUCAUGACAACAUAACUCCAAAAAAACUAUUUAAAGAAAUUUUAAUUUAAUGAAAUUUACAAU